AUGAGCAAUUCAUUGGAAGAAAGACUAAAAGAGCACUCGUCAGCAUUUGACAGCUUAUUGUCGCUAAUUCCGGCAAAAUAUUUCUACGAUGAUGCCACGCAAGAUCAGUGGCAGCAAAAGAAGGCUUCCAAAGAGGAGUCAAAAUCAAAGAAAAAGGCAAAGUUCAAUCCUUCCACUAAGGAUAAUGCCGACGAAUAUAUGAACUCUUACGCAACUGCUAAGGACGUGAUGGAAAAUAAGCAGCAGAAGGAGAGUGAGAAGCAUCUAGCAUCCGAGCGGAGUGAGACACCAAACGGGUCAUCAAUAAGAAAGGGUAAGGAGCUCACUACGUCUGCAGAUGAGUCAGAAAUGCUGAACGAAAGUGGUGUUGAAGAAGAAAAGGAGGAAGAAGCAUUCAUUUUACCGCAAGCGAACUUGAUAUUUGAUGACGAGGGUAAUGAAAUUGCAGAUCAAAAGCAGGACUCAAAUUCCAAGCCCAAAAAAGAUGGCAAAUUGCAAAAGAAACGGGAGUUGUCAGAGGAAGAAGAGGCAAAGAGGAAAGAGAACUUGGCAAAGUUGAAGGAGAGAUUGGAAUCAAAGAUAAACAAUUUGCGUGAAAAGAGGAAAGCUGUAGGAACAAAAUCUGCUGGUGCUCCAACCUCUCGUGAACAAAUACUCGCUGAGCGUAAGAGGAGACAAGAAUCUAAGCAACAAAAAAGAAAACAUGAAGAACUUGAGGAGAAUGAUGAUAACGAUGACGAAGAAGAAGAAGAAGAAGAAGAAGAGUUUGAGAAUGAGAAAUCCGAUGACAAAGACCAAGCUGUUUUGUAUGGUAAUAUUGCCUUUCUGGACGGUUCUCAGCUCACAUCUAAUUUGUCGUCCGUGCGUCGAUCGGCAGAUAAAAAGAAGAAGCAAGGACCGGCCAAUAAAGAUAUCAAAGCUCAUCUAUUGAAGUUGGAGAAGAAGAAAAGGAAGUUGGAAAACAUGUCGCAGGAGGAGCAAGCAAAACAAAAGGAAAAGGACAAAUGGCUGAGAGUAAUGUCCCAAGCAGAGGGCAUAAAGUUGAAGGAUGAUGAGAAAUUGUUGAAGAAAGCAUUGAAAAGAAAAGAGAAGAAGAAGUUAAAGAGUGAAAUUGAGUGGAAAGAUCGACAACAGGCUGUCAAAGAUACUGUUGCAGCCAGGGCAAAGAGAAGGGAAGAGAAUUUGAAAGCCAGAAAAGAAGGUAAGGGACAAAAGCGGAAAAAUCUACCAAAAUUGAGAAAGUUUACAGGAGUUGUCAACAAGAGUAAGAAUGGACAAAACAAGAAAAAGAGGGCAGGGUUUGAAGGAAGUGCCAAAUCGAGGUCCAAGAAGUAG